AUGACCUGCAACAGCUUUCUCAUUUUAUCUCUAUGGGGGAACGAGGGUGGCUCACAAGAAGCCAGCAAGUUCGCCCGGGCGCGGCCUUGUCAGAGUGGCGCAAGCGUCCCGGAAGUGUCGGGCGGAGACGCCCCAGCCUCCUCGCCUCUUGCUCUCUGUCCCUCCUCCCUCGCGGCGCACGGCGCAUGCGCUCCUGCGGGCGGCGGCGGGGAUGGCGGCGGCGGGCAGCGGAGAUUUCGGGUCGGGGUCGCGGCUGGACCCCGCAGCGCUCAUAAAGCAGUACAGAUCAAAGUACAGAUCGCCGUGGCCAACGCCCAGGAGCUGCUGCAGGGGAGCGUUUUGUUCACGUUCGUCUUCACUUGCCCACUGCCUGCUGAAACUGGAAAGGCUUCCUCUUGGUUGUGUCAGCUGCGUGACACAGACGCGGAGAGAGGGAAGCUCGUGGGGACUGAUUCUGAGGGGAGUCGAUAUGGAUCAGCACCUGGAGAAGAUGUGAACGAAUGCUCCGAAAACCCCGGCAUUUGCAUCAACGGGGUGUGCAUUAAUACGGAUGGGUCGUUCCGUUGCGAGUGCCCCUUCGGAUACAACCUUGACUACACUGGAGUGAAUUGUGUGGACACGGAUGAGUGCUCCAUUGGAAACCCGUGUGGGAACGGCACGUGCACCAAUGUGGUUGGGGGCUUCGAGUGUGUGUGGGAUUUGAGCCGGGGCCUAUGAUGACAUGCAAAGAUAUCAACGAGUGCACCUUGAACCGAAUGCAGCCAGUCCCCCAAGCCGUGCAACUUCAUCUGCAAGAACACAGAGGGCAGUUUCCAGUGCUCUUGCCCCAGAGGCUACACCCUGCAGGAAGACGGCA